CCGCAACAAGCGGCACGCAGCAGACGAGCGCGGCAGAGCAAUGGUCUUCUUCGCCAGCCAGCACCAUCCGCUGAAUGGGGCGCGAUUCACGGGCGCCAGCGGCUCCUUUGCGGCGGCGCCUGCGGAGAAGUCGGGUGCGAUGCAGUUCAUCAUGGACUUCCUCGCGGGCGGCAUCGCGGGCGCGGUCGCGAAGACCUGCACUGCGCCGAUCGAGCGCGUCAAGCUGCUGAUCCAGACGCAGGAUGCCAACCCGAAGAUCAUCUCUGGCGAGGUCCCGCGCUAUACGGGCAUCAUCAACUGCUUCACGCGCGUCUCUUCCGAGCAGGGCUUCUCGGCCUUCUGGCGGGGCAACACGGUGAACGUGAUCCGCUACUUCCCGACCCAGGCCUUCAACUUCGCCUUUAAGGACACCAUCAAGGGCUUCUUCCCCAAGUACAACUCAAAGACCGACUUCGGUAAGUUUUUCGCGACCAACAUUGCGUCCGGCGGCCUGGCCGGCGCCGGCUCGCUCGCGAUCGUCUACCCGCUCGACUACGCGCGCACCCGGCUCGCGUCGGACGUGGGCUCGGGCCAGCCGCAGUUUGAGGGCCUCGUCGACUGCCUGGCGAAGACCAUCAAGUCCGGCGGCAUCUUGUCCAUGUACGGCGGCUUCAGCGUCUCUGUCGUCGGCAUCGUCUUCUACCGCGGCCCGUAUUUCGGCAUCUUCGACACGCUCAAGGCGAUCAACCCGUUCAAGAACGACCCGGGUCUCGUCGGCUUCGCGUCCAAGUUUGCGAUCGCGCAGACCACCGCCAUCAUCGCCGGCUUCAUCUCGUACCCCUUCGACACGGUCCGCCGCCGCCUGCAGAUGCAGUCGGAGAAGCCCCCGGAGCAAUGGCUGUACAAGGGCACCGCGGACUGCGCGAUCAAGGUCGUGAAGGAGGAGGGCGUCGGCGCCAUGUUCAAGGGCUUUGGCGCCAACGUGCUGCGCACCCUUGGCGGUGCGCUCGUGCUCGUCGGCUACGACGAGAUCAAGAAGCUGAUGGCUUAGAGUUGCCCGUCCCUUUCGGACGGCGCGUGCCCUUUCGUGACCACCACCGCCCCUUCCCGCCCUCCCACCCCGCAUGCGUUGUGGACCGGUGCCUCUCGUGUGCGAGUGUCUUAUCUCUGCCGGCGCGCGGGUCACCCAGUCAGUCGAGGGGGCGGGGUUUCCUCUCUCGACGCGCCUCGUCUGUUGCGCGCGCAGUUCCAGUUGGCCGGACUUGGCCAUUUAGCUACCCGGGGGAACAGAGUCAAACGCCUGUACAUUCUUUGGCUCGAGAGCACUUCUGUUCUUCUCUCGUAAGAUUUUGAGACUUCUCGCUCACAGCACAGGAGACAGG